ACUCUCUGCACUCACUCUUCAGUUCACCCAUUUUUCUAAUCUCUCUCUCUCUCUCUCUCUCUCCCUCUCUCUAAUCUCUGUAUGAAGAUGAGAGAAAGCAGAUUCCGAUUGCCAUUCUUGAUAUUGGCGGUUAGUUUACUUUGCGUGGCGGAUGCAGCGACGGAGACGAUACAUUUUGACACUGGAGGACUGAGCCGAGAAAGUUUUCCGAAGAAUUUCGUAUUCGGAACGGCGACGUCGGCUUAUCAAGUUGAAGGAAUGGCGGAUAAGGACGGUCGUGGACCUAGCAUUUGGGAUGAAUUCGUUAAAAUUCCUGGGAUUAUUGCCAAUAAUGCCACAGGAGAGGUGUCAGUGGACCAGUAUCACCGCUACAAAGAAGAUGUAGAUAUCAUGGCAAAUUUGAACUUUGAUGCAUACCGGUUCUCAAUUUCAUGGUCCAGAAUAUUCCCAAAUGGAACUGGGGAAGUGAAUUGGAAGGGUGUUGCAUACUACAAUAGAUUGAUUAACUACAUGCUCAAAAAAGGUGUUACUCCAUAUGCAAAUCUUUAUCACUAUGAUCUUCCCCUGGCACUUGAGAAGAAGUAUAAUGGAUUAUUGAAUCAUCAAGUAGUGAAUGACUUUGCUGACUUUGCGGACUUUUGUUUCAAGACCUUUGGGGAUCGAGUAAAGAACUGGAUGACAUUCAACGAACCUAGAGUUGUAGCUGCACUUGGAUAUGAUAAUGGUUUUUUUGCUCCUGGAAGAUGCUCCAAAGCAUUUGGAAAUUGCACAGUUGGCAAUUCAGCAACCGAGCCUUACAUUGCUGCUCAUAAUCUUAUUUUAUCUCAUGCUGCUGCAGUUCAAAGAUACCGUAAUAAGUAUCAGCAAAAGCAAAAGGGGAGGAUAGGAAUUCUCUUAGAUUUUGUGUGGUAUGAACCUCUUACCAGAUCAAAAGCUGACAACCUUGCAGCUCAAAGAGCAAGAGACUUUCAUGUCGGAUGGUUUCUUCAUCCCAUUGUCUAUGGUGAGUAUCCAAAAACUAUACAGAAUAUUGUAGGUAACAGGCUACCAAAGUUCACUCAAGAAGAGGUUAAAAUAGUGAAGGGCUCAAUUGAUUUUGUGGGUAUCAACCAGUAUACCACUUACUACAUGUUUGAUCCACAUCAACCAAAACCAAAGUACUUGGGCUAUCAGCAAGACUGGAAUUGUGGAUUUGCUUAUGAAAAGAAUGGAGUGUCAAUUGGUCCAAGGGCAAAUUCUUAUUGGCUUUACAAUGUACCAUGGGGCCUCUACAAGGCUUUGAUAUACAUAAAAGAGCGCUAUGGAAACCCAACAGUGAUAUUAUCUGAAAAUGGCAUGGAUGAUCCGGGUAACGUAACACUUCCCAAGGGAUUGCAUGAUACCACUAGGAUCAACUUCUACAAAGGCUAUUUGACUCAACUGAAGAAAGCAGUUGAUGAUGGAGCCAAUGUGGUUGGAUAUUUUGCUUGGUCGUUGCUCGACAACUUCGAAUGGAGAUUAGGCUACACUUCAAGGUUUGGCAUUGUCUAUGUUGAUUAUAGCAACCUAAAGAGGUAUCCCAAAAUGUCUGCUUACUGGUUCAAGCAACUGCUCACGCGUAAAGAACAUUAGCCGGUCUGUGUCUUUUGGAAUUUAAGUUUGCUUAGAGAAUAAGGUUUUGUUUUGAAGUAAUUAAUCCUUAAUGAAUUUGAAUUUGACUGUUUAAGCCUCC